AAGAAUGAUGAAAGUGAAUGAAUGAGUUAGUGGAAGAAUCUUCAAUAUUUCUGUGCCAAUCUCCGCACACGUAAACCCGCACUGCACUCCCACACACACACGAAACCAACUCCCUCGCACACACUUCCUCCUCCUCUUCUUCUUCUUCUUCUUCUUCUUCUCCUUUUGCUGAAUUUCAGUUUUAAUCCCCAAUCUCAAGGUACAAAUCUCCAUCGCGAUUUCGUACUCAUCAGUUACUUCAUAUCUUCGUUUUAUUGCUUAAUUUGCAGCUCAACUAUUCAAUUGUGAAAAGAUGCGCCCAAUGCCAAUAGUUAUUUUUGGAUGCUGGAGAUAAGGGACGAUGGGAGGUUGUUGCUGUUGUGCUUCCAAGGAGACUGUAUUGAGCGCUCCACCUGCUUACUAUUAUUACCCAAGAGCAUCAGAGGAGCAUGUUCCAUUGUCCUCUCACCAGGGUGUUCCCUCUGCUUUCUCUGGAAGGCUAUUGGUUGAUACUAAUCUAGAUACUUCGAGUCCUGAUACUUAUAGACCACCUGCUGCUCCUAUUCCUUUCAAUGUGACGUUUGGUGCCACUCAGACUACACCUGUGGCUCAAGAAAUUUGUUGCGACAAGAACAAUACAUCCUUGCUUUCUUCAGAUUCUAACUCAGUUCAAGAACCAUCCGGAGACGAUCACGGAACCUCACCUAAGUCGGAAGAAUUGAAGGAAUCAGACUGCAAAGUUCAGACUGAUUUAGAACUAGACUCAGCAAAGGAUUCUGAUAUUGAACUUUCAAAGUUGGGAGAACCUAUAAAUUUAGUAGAAGAGGAAGAUACGUGCCCAAUAUGUUUAGAAGAUUAUGAUGCUGAGAAUCCAAAACUGGACACAAAAUGUGACCAUCAUUUUCACCUUGCUUGCAUUCUGGAAUGGAUGGAAAGAAGUGAAACUUGUCCUGUUUGUGAUCAGGCUAUGGUCUUCAGCCCUCCCCAUUGAAUAGUACGCAUCUUUGGUAUCAAAAUCAGAGUUCAAAUAUACUGCGUGAUAGUUUUCGAGAAGAAAGGUUACAAAAUCAUACUAGUCUGGCAAGCUGAGCAUAUGGCGGCAUUUUGAUUGUUUGGUUUUCUGCAUUUCAUUGGGGUUUAUUACAUUUUUCAUGAAGAGUUCCUUGUGUUGGUUUCAAGAAUUAAGGAGAGUAGAAUGUUCACAUUGUAUAUUUUUGAAUUGAAAUGUUAAAAGUUAUAUCAAGAUACCUUUGUAUAGAUUUAAUUAGAGAAGUGUUAUUGCAAAACAUAAUGAUUUUUCGUUCUUCACUUGCUUUAGGCUUAGACAUUUGUGAAAGAAUGAUCGGACACCUUACUUAUAAUAACCACGUUAUUAUAUUGAACUAACGUGGUUUUGCAUGUAAACAUUGAACAUAAUGUAAUGACAUGAAUGAUACAGUGUGUCUGUUCGAAAACUAA